ACGUCGCGCCACCUGUCGUGAACCCGCGAAACAAUUCCAUUUGCCACUCGGACUUGUGCGCGUGGAGUGUCGCCCUCGUUUCGUACGGAUUUCGCGCGCGUUUUGCUCCCUCUUUGUGGUCUGCUUCGGAUUUGUUUCGGCGAUGGCGUGGACAUACCCCGCGCGAAGAAACAUUAUUCUCCGUUUGUUGGUGCAUCGUCUGCGUCACAAGAGGAAGAGGUCUCUCUACAUAAGAGAGAUCUUCGACAAGCGUCCGGAGUACGGCGAGUACCACCACCUCGUACAGGAGCUGCGGCAGAGCGAUCCUGAAUAUCACUUCAAGUAUUUCAGCAUGACAAAGGCAUCUUUCGACAAGUUGCUGAGCCUUGUCUACGAGAGGCUUAUCCACCCUCCAACCCACAGGAGGCCUAUCUCUCCGGCAGAAAGGCUUGCAGUGACACUGAGAUUCCUGGCUACAGGAGGGUCCGUGCAAGAUAUUGCUAUGAGUUACCGUACGCAUGGAUCGACGGUGUCAAACAUCCACAAAGAGACACUGCCAGCAAUCUGGGACUGUUUGAAGCCCCUUGUACUUGAACAUCCAAGUGAAGAGAAGUGACGUAACAUAGCGGUAGAAUACAAUGAUAAAUGGAAUUUUCCUAAUACUAUAGGGAGCAUUGAUGGAAAACACUUUGCUAUCAAAUGCCCCAACAACAGUGGGUCCGACUCCUACAAUUACAAGGGGUUCUACUCCUUGCUUAUGCUGGCUGUAGCAGAUGCCAGUUAUAGAUUUAUUAUGGUGGAUAUCGGAGCACAAGGCCGAUUUCUGAUGGUUGCUUUUUCAAGAAGAGUCCCCUCGAGACUUUCUUCGAAAAGUUGGGGCUCCCCUGCGGAGUUUCCAAGUGGCCAGUGUGUUUGGUUGGAGAUGCCGCAUUUCCAUUGUGCACUUACCUGAUGCGGCCCUACCCUGGCUGGAAACUCAAUGAGAGAAAAAAAGUCUUCAACUACCGCCUCUCCAGGGCACGCAGAUGUAUUGAAAAUGCUUUUGGCAUUUUAGUCUCACGCUGGCGGGUUUUUCUAGGUACUGUGGAAUGUGAGCCGAAGCUUCUCAGCAGCAUGAUUGGGGCUGCUGUGUGUCGGCACAACUUUCUUAUGACAGACAGUGCAUACUGCCCUGAUGGUUACGGUGAUAAGUCAUGUGAGGAAACAAUGCAUGAUGGAGAGUGGCGCCUCACUAUCACCCAAAUUGGAACUCAGGCACUACCAUCAAAGAACCGCCCCACUUCAGCUGCCAUGGCAAUGAGGGACGAAAUAGCCGAUUAUUUCAUGUCUGGAGAAGGUUCAUUGCCGUGGCAGUUGAACGUUGUCAGACGGUGCUGAAAUCCCAGUUCUCUCCCUUUAUCUUUUGUACCCCUACAGCUUCUAAUGGUUAA